AUGUUGGAAAACAGUGUCCUCUCAUGCGGGCGCCAGCUUUUUCUGAAGUGGAUGUCGCUUCCUUUCGAACCUCUCCCUCAUGGUCGUGAGGUGGAAAUACGACCACGAUUUCCUCUACCUCCUGGCGACGAUGAGUUACUUAUUGUGGCUGGUCGGUCCAACCAAGGUGUGCUCAAGGUUAUCGAGUGGGAUCAUAUGGAUUUGUCAAUUUUUUAUCCAACUGCAUUGACCAGUACUUGGGCUGUGCGUACCGUAUUGUAUCCACUUGCUGUGUUGAGAAGUCGACUGCAGCUCCAGAAGCAACACACAGUCUACAGGAACACCCUGGAAGCGUUCGUUAGUAUAUCCAAAAGUGAAGGAAUUCGUGGUCUAUACAGGGGUUUCUGGGUGACUGUACCACAGAUUGGUACAUCGUUUAUUUACACGACUGUCUACGAGAAGUUGCGCGCUGUUCUCAAUCAAGACCUCGGUGUGAAUUCGGUUGCUGGGAUAUCCAGUUUGGCUGGUGGGGCCGCCAGUUUGGCAUCUCAGUCCAUAUUCGUUCCAACUGAUAUUAUUGCUCAGUACAUGAUGGUUUACUACAAAGCCGACAAGUUUAUUUCUGGCAAUGAUAAAGCAGUGAUCGAAUAUGUUCGCAAUGAAAAGAACCCUCGACUUACUCUUGGGCUGCGGUUUCUGAGAGCUAUCUAUAAAGUUGAUGGAUUGAAGGGAUUUUAUCGUGGAUUUUUUGCUUCUGCUCUCGUGUACGUACCGACGUGUUUAGUCUUUUGGCCAGUGUAUUAUUGGGUUCAGGAUUUCUGCAAUUGGAUGCGAAAAGGCCGUGUCGAUCGGACGGGAUUACUUCUCUUAGACCAAGCAGUCGCUGCUACACUCGGUGGUGUCUGUUCUACUAUAUGCACAAACCCAAUGGAAAUGUUUCGCAUUAGACUGCAGGUUCAUCGGACCAGCUAUAGAGAUACGUUAGCUCGUAUGAUUAGGAACGAACAGCAUCACAUAUUCACAAAAGGUUUAACCCCAAGGCUAAUAAGCAACUCGAUAUACUCGUGUAUUGUAAUGGUUGGCUAUGAAAUUGUGAAGCGUUUCUGUGUUCUACCGGAAUACAAGGAUAUGGUCAAGUGUUCGGCACAACAGCAGCGGCAGAAGUCGCUGCCAAAUGCUUGCAAAUACGCGGUCUCUGAUGUUAAAGUCCUCAACCUGUUCCGAUUCUUCGUGGAAAGGAGCGCGGUAGAGUCUCAAUAUCGCGUGAUGUCCUCUGAUACAUCGGAGGCGACUGAUUUCGCCUGCAAAGAAAAGCUACUCGUCAUUCAGUGGGAACAUCUCAAUUUAUGGCGUUUCUAUCCGCUUGCUCUCGCUAGUUCUUGGUCAAUAAGAUGCUUCCUUUAUCCCAUGUCUGUCGUAAAGAGUCGUUUGCAGUUGCAACGCCAGAAUAAUGUCUAUCGCGGUAUGCGUCAUGCAUUCACCGAAAUUCUAAGGGUUGAAGGAGUAGGAGCCUUGUACAGGGGAUUUUGGAUGACUCUCCCACAGCUGUCUGCCUCAUUUCUCUAUUCUUCCACUUAUGAGAAAGUGCGUGAUCUGCUUCAAGUUCACGUUGGUAUCAAGAAUCAUUCGCUUGUGUCGGCUUUGGCAGGAGGCAUUGCUUCACCAUGUGCUCAACUGGUCUUUGUACCGACGGAUAUUGUUGCUCAGCACAUGAUGGUUCACAAUAAUCCUGAAGCUUUCGGAGGAAGUAGAAAAAAUGUGGCCGUUGCUAGUGCGGUGCGAAAUGAUGGCUUAGAGGGUAGAUAUACGCUUGGUCUUCGAGUUCUUCGAGCAGUAUACAAAGUCGAUGGAUUAUCAGGGUUUUAUCGAGGCUUCUUAUCUGCUGUGAUGCUCUAUAUACCAUCUACCAUGGUGUUUUGGUCAACUUAUUAUCAUGCGUUGGAAGUUUUCAGAAAAAUACGGGUGAAGGUUACUGAGAUUCAACGUGGUGUAAAACCCAUGUCACCUGCUGAUGUUGACAACAGAAACUUUUUCUUGGACCAGGCUGUGUCCGGUUCUAUAGGAGGCAUUGCGUCAGCUUGUGUUACAAAUCCUCUGGAAAUGCUCCGCAUACGGUUACAGGUUCACCGGACGAACUAUACAGACACCAUCAGACGGCUUUGGAAAUAUGAAGGAUCCAAAGUGCUCACCAAGGGUUUGGCACCACGUGUGGUCAGCAAUGCGAUGUAUUCAAGUUUGGUAAUGCUGGCUUACGAGACAGUAAAAAAAGUGUCCGUUCUACCGGAAUAUCGGGAUAAUGUUGUUUGGUAG